GGCCAAAAUUUUUUUUUCUUCCUGAACAGGCAAACUAAUAUUUAGGGAUUCAAUUGUACGAUGAUUUGGGAAGAAGGAAACAGGGUUUAGACUGGAGAUGCGAAACAGGGGUGACACCUGGCCUCCAGAAAGAAUAGUUAAAGAGUAUGGGCCAGCCACCUGGGCUCAAGAUGGAAUAUAUGUUGAGCAAAACAAUUAGGGUUCAAGCAAUUGUAGAGAUUAUCACCAAUCAGAUGGCUGAGGCACUAGAUCUUUUGGCUGACCAAGCUACUCAAACCAGAGAGGCUGUUUUACAACAUAGACUUGUGCGAGACUAUUUGUUGGCUGAGGAAGGGGGAGUUUGUGCGAAACUAAGUUUAUCAACAUGUUGUAUAAAGAUUGAUGACAAUGGAAAUCUAGUAAAAGAAAUCACUAAGAACAUUAAGAAAUUUGCUCAUGUUCCUAUACAGACUUGAACCUCACCGUUCAAUAUUUCCUGGUGGUCCUAGUUUGGGAAAGCUGGUGGAAGCAGCUCCUUUGAUUUGGCCUUACAGCUCUUAGUGGUGUUAUAUUACUCCCUAUCUGCAUACCUUGUUUGAUCUGAUUGAUAACCAGAAUAGUCCAAAACGCAUUGUCUAGAAUGAUUAGGUUGGAAGAGAAAACUGAAGGGUAUGUUUGAUGGUGUUAAAAGGACAAGGGUGGGAGCCCGUGGCCCAAGAGGACCAACAGGAGCCAGAAGGGGAUGAGGAACUACAUAGGGAAUGUGAAGUUAUGUUACAAAAAUUUGAAGAGAUCUCAGUGUACAAAUAAGAGGGGGAACUGAACAAGAUGAGAUGAGAUCUUUCUAGAUUGAGUAAGGCUUCAGUUACUUCAGAAUUUGAGUAGGCCUGAAGGACUUUGAGCAUUGAUCCAAGGGCAUACCUAAGUCCCCUUCCUGCUCUUCUCUCAUGACAUCAUUUUCUCCCUAUUUCAGUCAAACAUGGGCAACUAUGUACUUAUUGGUCAAGUUCAAGUUCAAUUUCUUGGGUAGUUUCCUUGAGUUUAGAAUAUAAGAUCCUCAACCAAUGACAAUGAGGGUCAGUGGUGGAAAGAGGUAUUUGUGUUAGGGAUUAAAAGUGUCGACCCUGCCCCUGAAGGUGCUUCCUUUCUUCCAUUGUCUGCUCCUGGGUGAGGCUUCUCAUGAGAACGUAUAAUAAACUUUGCUUUGCUUCUAGAGAUCUCUCCAGCUCUUUUUUUUUUUUUUUUUUUUUUUUAUUAAAUGGUGACCCCCUCACCAUUCCUGAACCACACAGAGGGGCACUACAAUUCCUUGAGCAGGGACAAAGUGAGAAGGGGCAUGAGAGUUGCUUGACACUAACAGCCUGAUGUAUUAAAAAGAUUAGAUUUGAAGUUACAAAAUCUUGGGAGUGUGUGACCUAAAGCACACUAGGGACAUCACCCCCAAGCUACUCCCUUCCCCUUCAGUUUUCUCAAGUGUAAAGUGAGGGGCUUGGACUAACAGCAGUUUUAAUUUUGGGUCCAUUAAAUUUAUUUUUUAAAAUAUUGUCAAUUAUGUCAAUAUAAACAAUUUCCUUUAUAAUCUUGCGGUUAUUUUGUGCCUUCAGAAAAGAGGUCGAUGGGUUGCACCAAGCAGAGGGGAUUAAAGAUUAUUAAUAGAUUAAAGAUACUCCCCGGACAAUAGGAUCUCAACGCUAAACCCCUGUAUCCCAAGGGAGGCAGCUCCGAAGCCAGACUCUGUCCUAGGGCUUUAAGAAGACAAAGUCUGAAUUCCUUGCGGUCCUUAGGCCAGUGUCUGGAGUUCGGGCGUGGCCCGGGCUGGGAAGGGGACGGGGUCGGGUGGGAGGGGAGAAAGAGGAGGAUGCUGAGUCAGCAUCCAUUGCAACGUGACCUGAGAGUCAUAUGACUUCAGCUCAGCAGGAGGAGUUGCACACGCAGAGUCUCCGGCGUCGCAGGAGCCCGGGAGCUGGGACAAGGCACCAUGAAACUCAUUAUCCUAGAAAAUUACCUUCAGGCCAGUGAAUGGGCUGCCAAAUACAUUAGAAACCGAAUCAUCCAGUUUCAUCCAGGGCCUGAUAGGUAUUUCACCUUGGGGCUUCCCACAGGGAGCACCCCUCUUGAGUGCUACAAGAAGCUGAUUGAAUAUUAUAAGAAUGGAGACCUCUCCUUCAAGUAUGUGAAGACAUUUAAUAUGGAUGAGUAUGUAGGUCUCCCACGUGACCACGAUGAAAGCUACCACUCCUUUAUGUGGAACAACUUCUUCAAACACAUUGAUAUUUGUCCUACAAACACCCAUAUUCUGGAUGGAAAUGCAGCUGAUCUACAGGCAGAAUGUGAUGCUUUUGAAGAGAAGAUCAAGGAAGCUGGGGGAAUUGAGCUUUUUCUUGGAGGUAUUGGUCCUGAUGGUCACAUUGCCUUCAAUGAACCUGGGUCAAGUCUGGUGUCUAGAACUCGAGUGAAGACUCUGGCCAUGGAUACCAUCUUAGCCAAUUCCCGGUUCUUCGAUGGAGAUCUUUCAAAAGUCCCCACAAUGGCUUUAACUGUUGGUGUGGGUACAGUCAUGGAUGCCAGAGAGGUCAUGAUCUUAAUUACGGGAGCCCACAAAGCAUUUGCACUGCACAAGGCUAUUGAGGAGGGGAUAAGUCACAUGUGGACUGUAUCUGCCUUCCAGCAGCACCCCCGUGCAGUGUUUGUGUGUGAUGAAGAUGCCACAUUGGAGCUUAAAGUGAAAACUGUUAAGUAUUUCCAAGGAUUGAUGCUUGUUCAUAACAAACUAGUGGAACCACUGUACAGUAUGAAAGAAACAGAGAAAAGCCAGUCUUCCAAGAAACCAUACAGUGACUAAUUUGCCCUCAGAACCAGCUGUCAAUCCCUCAAAAAGACAUACUUUUCCUUAAAGAUCUGUUCCCUCAAAAAUAUUUCAUUGAUCAAAUACUACUUUUAUGCCCACUCCAAAUAAUGUUUUAUCUGACUUUGAUGAAAAAGAGUGUAUGUACUCAGCUAAAAAGACGGAUGCUUACAAAAAUGGGUGUGUUGUACUGUAAUUUGAUUUUCUCUGAAUUAUGUUAUUGCCUGUUUUCUGCUUGUCAUUUCUACCUGCUAAAUAAGGGACAGUUGAAAAUAGAAAUGCCUAAUGUAAACUUUUAAAAAGUUGUGCCCACUGUACAAGGAAAAAGUGUGAACACUCAUUCUGUUUAGAAGUCAUCUCUGGCAGCAUAUGAAAGAGUACACCUGGGGAAAGUAGACACUAGAUUUAGGAUUAAUGAGUGACAAGGUGAAGUGGGCAAGGGAGAAACAGCUUUUUUCCUUUUUCUUUCACAGCAAAUCCCUUACUUCUUAAUAUUGGAUUUAGUAGCAGAAUGUGAAUGUUGCACUAAGUGCAAGGCUACACAUGACAGUCUACCCACCCUUAUUUAAAAUGCCUAUGCACUUUGCUGUCAAGUAAUAAUCAUUCAGUGAACAUUUGUCAUCAUCCCCCCCUGUGGACAAUGUAUGCCUAUGCACUUUGCUCUCAUGUAAUAAUCAUUGUGAACAUUCGUCAUCAUCCUCCCUGUGGACAAUGUACUAAGAACUGAAAUAGGAAGAUGUAUCAGGUAUAUAGGCUCUCCCCUCUAGGACCUUUCUCCAUUAGGAAUGACUAAACAUGUACUCCACAUAUGAUUUGCUCAUGAUAAGACAUUUUAUGCGAUUGUCCCUCUUGUAGACACCAUGGUAAUUUCUACCAUUGCUCAUUCCACUAUUAAGAUGGCCAUAGUCAUUCCAUUCACUUAUCAUCUAAUCUUUUAUGUGCCUAUGACAAGUUGCUGCUGGCUCCAUUUUGGGGGGAAGAAAUCCUGUGAGUGAUUCAGGUGCCUCUGACAGAACUUUUGAAUACUGUGUUUUCUACUUGUAUUUCAAUGUUAAGUUUUUAUGUGAUUAGUAAAAUUCUGUUUUAAGCUAA